CCUCUCCUUCUGUUGCCAGUUCUGUUAUUCGGCUUCGAAGAUCGGAAGAUCAGGUGUGCAUACGUUCUAGCUCUAACAGCCCUGUUCUGGAUUUUCGAGCCUAUUCCCCUUGGAGGAUGUUCCCUACUCCCGGUCGUUCUCCUUCCGACCCUGACCGUGCUUUCGGCGGAUAAAACAGCGUCAUGUUACAUGCAAGAAGCCAACAUGAUGUUUGUAGCCACACUCAUCAUCGCAAUCUCGAUCGUCGAGUGCAAUCUGCAUCGCAGGCUCGCGCUCUCGGGUCUCAUGGUUUUCGGAACGAAACCCGAAUCGCUGUGCAUGGGGGUGAUGGCUGUCGCCUGUUUCCUCUCGAUUUGGGUGAACAACGUAGCGAUAACGGCCAUGAUGGUUCCGGUGGUGGAUCGUAUCUGCGACGAGCUGUUCGGUGAUAUUCUCCGGGAGGAUUCCUGCACGGAGAUUCGAAAAAUGCCCGAGGCCGAGUCGGAAUCCCUGAUCGGGAACAAGUCUCUGAACGAGACGACUUCGAUGCAAACGAAACGUGUGAGACUCUGCCUGUUCCUAAGCGUGAUGUUCGGAGCAAACAUCGGAGCCACUACCACGAUAACGAGCGCAGCUUCGAAUCUCGUUUUUACCUCGAUCUUGGACUUCCUCUACCCCGGAGCGCGGACGCCGGUCGACUACGUCUCCUGGAUGAUGUACGCCCUGCCGAUCACCGUCAUCAGUUUGUCGCUCAGCUACCUCGCUGUCUGGGCAGUAUUUUUCUGCGCGCGUCCCAAACUCCCCACGAGAGCGGGCAACGUUAUCGAGCUCCAGUACAGAGCUCUCGGGAAAAUGUCCUUUGCCGAGAGUGCGGUCUUGUCAUUAUUCGUCGUGCUCGUGAUCUUCUGGCUGCUACGGGAUCCGACCUUCAUGCGAGGCUGGGCAACUUUCUUCGAAUACCGUCCCAAAGACUCGACGGUAGCCGUGGCCGUCGUGCUCCUCCUCCUUGUGCUCCCACGGGUUCCCACGGAGCUUGGAGGACCCCCGAUCUUGGGCUGGGAUGCGAUCCAAGCUCGACUCUCGUGGACGGUUAUCCUACUGAUAGGCUGCAACUUCGCGUUGGCUGAGGCUGCCGCUCAGAGCGGUCUUUCGGAUUGGAUAAGCUCACAUCUGAUGGUGUUGUCAUCGCUGAAUCCGAAAAUCGUCGCCUUUAUCUUCUCCGUGUUUGCAUCGUUCCUCUCCGAGGUACUGGCCAACGCGGGAGUCGUAUCGGUGCUCGUACCGAUCUUCGCGAAAUUCGCCGAAAGCUCCGGCGUGAAUCCCCUUCUGUACAUGAUCACUCCAACUAUCGCCAGCAAUUUCUGCUUCUUGCUCCCGGUCGGAACGCCCGCGAAUACCAUUAUCUACGAACACACUCGCCUAGAAAUCAAGGACCUCUUUGUGCCCGGGAUAUUGGUGAAACUGUGCACCAUCAUCGGUUUCGGCUUCGCAAUUUUCUUCUGCUCAGACCCCAUAUUCGAAACAGGAGCCUUUCCCGCAUGGGCUGAGCGUCUCAAUAAAACAGCUGCGAUCUAA